AUGAAAAAUGCCGCAGAGAUAGCUCAUGGCCCUAUGAUCAUUGGUCUCUACAUCAACAUCAUCCUUCUGGGCAUCAUUGCUACCCAGAUGUAUAUGUAUCUGAACGCGUACAGGAAGGAUCGUUUAUGGAUGAAGAUCUUCAUUGUUGUCCUCUUUAUCGCAAAUGUAGCAAACACGGUUUUCCUAUGUCAAUUCCUGUAUACAUCUCUCAUCCUCAAUUUCGGCAACGACGCGUAUCUGGCUAGAGCGGACUGGGUUUUCGCUACAGAUCCUGCGCUUACGGGCAUCAUUGCGGGAAUGGUCCAAUUAUCCUUUGCGUGGAGAGUCAAGGUCCUCACCAACAACCUCUGGCUUGUAACAGUUGUAGCAGCGUGCGCCCUGGCUGGGACUGGCGCCGCCAUCGCAACCUCAUUUGAAGUAGGCAGAACUCCCGAGUUCGUAGAAUUUCGAAACUUCAAGGUCGUCGUCAUCAUCUGGCUGGCAGCUGAAUGUCUAUCUGACAUUCUCAUCUCCGGGAUCCUUGUCUGGCAACUACUCACGAGUUUCAGGAAAAGACGCAAGACUGGAUUUCAGAGCACCGAUGAACUCGUUGAUCGAAUAAUCCGACUGACUGUUCAAACCGGUCUUAUCACGUCCAUCUGUGCCAUUAUAGAUCUAGCUCUCUUCCUUUCAGACCCUACCGGAACGCACCUUAUCUUCAAUUUUCCUCUGUCCAAGCUCUACACAAAUACGAUGAUGAGCACAUUGAACUCGCGACGUGGAUGGGAUUUCAGUGAUCAGGAAUCUACUUCGCAUACUCACACCACCAGUGGUAUUGUUAGAGAGCGAGGGAAAAAGAAACGCAUCUUUCGAGUAGACACGACCCGUCCGCAGGUUUUCGUUGACGUUGAACAGCAUGUUGAACAGCAUGAGAUGCAUACAAGAAAUCUUGCUGAAAGGCACCUUCAUGCUAACGAUGACUAUGACGUCAAGUCCGUUUCGCCCGAUGACUCACUGACAGCUGCAGCAUUGCCAGGGGCGCCUUGGGAGAAGUAA